AAAGUCAAAGAGUAAAGAUCUAAGAUUGUUUGCAAUGGCGAAAGUACCACUUGUAGUGUUUAACAACGGACACACUUGCCCAAUCAUCGGUUUGGGUACUUGGAAGUCGAAGCCUGGUGAGGUGACGCAGGCGGUGAAGGAUGCGAUUGACACAGGCUACAGGCACAUUGACUGCGCACACAUAUAUGGAAAUGAAAAGGAGGUGGGGGAGGCUUUAAAAUCCAAAAUUGAUGAUGGGACUAUUAAGAGAGAGGAUAUAUUCAUUACCUCAAAACUUUGGUGCACCUUCCAUCGCCCUGACCUCGUGGAGGGAGCCCUGAAGACGACCCUUACCAAUCUGGGACUGGAGUAUUUGGAUCUCUAUUUGAUACACUGGCCGCAGGCUUUCAAGGAAGAGACAGACGAAUUUCCAACAGAUAAGAACGACAAAGUGAUUCCAUCGUCUGUAGAUUACGUGGACACGUAUAAGGCCAUGGAGAUCCUAGUAGACAAGGGUCUGGUGAGGAGCAUUGGUGUCUCCAACUUCAAUAAGAAGCAACUGGAUAGGGUUUUGGAAGCUUCCAGAAUCAAGCCCGCGGUGCAACAGAUCGAAUGCCACCCAUAUCUUAACCAGCAAAAGAUGUUUGACCAUUGCAAGUCCCAUGGUAUCGUAGUUACCGCGUACUCUCCACUCGGCUCCCCUGAUAGACCGUGGGCGAAGCCUGGAGACCCCUCCCUCUUGGAGGACCAGCGGUUGAAGUCCAUCGCUGACAGAUACAACAAGACUGUACCACAGAUUUUGAUAAGAUACGCAGUCGACCGUCAAAUGAUAGUUAUCCCAAAGUCGGUAACGAAAAGCCGUAUUGAACAGAACUUCAACGUUUUCGACUUCCAGCUGUCGCCUGAAGACCUUGAACUGAUCGCCACCUUGGAACGUAACGGGCGCCUUUGCUCUAUGGGAGACACUCACCAUCCGGAUUACCCGUUCCAUGAUGAAUUUUAGUUGCACCACAGAUAAAAGAUUAUUCCUACAACGAACGCAUUACCACGCUUUUAGCAUUUGUAUACGUCAAUACGUUGUCAGGUUGACAGCCCGCCACUUUUGAAUUGUACACAAAUUAUGUUCAAUUAUUUCUAAUUCUAGACAAAUUCAUACAUUUUACAUUAUAUAACAUUUUAGAGUACUUUGAGAAUACUUUGUAACGCGUGCAUACAAUACUAUAUACAUAUAUAAAAUAAAGUCGUGAUAGUAACACUAAUUUAUUAUAACUCAAAAAGAGCUAAACCGAUUUGGGUGAAAAUUGGUUGGUAGCUAACCGGGAGAUGGAUAUAUGUUACUUUUUAUCCGGUUUCCGUGGGACCUGACAUAAAACGUGAUAUAACAAAACGCAACUGACAGCUAAGCGUAAUGUUAUCUAUGGUUAUGUAUCAUUGAAAAUAUGACAAUUAAAUAUUUUUGAUGUGUUUA